UAGCAGCAGCGUAUGUGAGAAAUGUGAAUGUAUGUGUGUGGCGUCAAUAUGCAGGUGUGUGUGUGUGUGUGUGUGUGUGUUGGAGUGUCAGUGUAGUAUGUUUCGGUGUGUGGUUAGCGUCCAGUGAGUUUACAUCCAGCCUGUGCAAAGAAAUAUGAAUAAAUUAAGGGGGUCAAUGCAAAUAGUCCAGAUAGCCAUUUGAUGAACUGUUCAGCAGUCUUAUGGCUUGGGGGUAGAAGCUGAUCAGAAGACUUUUCACAUGCGCCUGAUAUGGCGGGACCUAUUGAGGAAGACAUGGUGGAACCUAGUGAGGAAGACAUGGUGGAACCUAGUGAGGAAGACAUGGUGGAACCUAGUGAGGAAGACAUGGUGGAACCUAGUGAUGAAGACAUGGUGGAACCUGGUGAGGAAGACAUGGUGAAACCUGGUGAGGAAGACAUGGUGGAACCUGGUGAGGAAGACAUGGUGGAACCUGGUGAGGAAGACAUGGUGGGACCUAUUGAGGAAGACAUGGUGGAACCUGGUGAGGAAGACAUGGUGGGACCUAUUGAGGAAGACAUGGUGGAACCUGGUGAGGAAGACAUGGUGGGACCUAUUGAGGAAGACAUGGUGGAACCUAGUGAGGAAGACAUGGUGGAACCUGGUGAGGAAGACAUGGUGGAACCUGGUGAGGAAGACAUGGUGGAACCUGGUGAGGAAGACAUGGUGGAACUUGAUGAGGAAGACAUGGUGGAACCUGGUGAGGAAGACAUGGUGGAACCUGGUGAGGAAGACAUGGUGGAACCUGGUGAGGAAGACAUGGUGGAACCUGGUGAGGAAGACAUGGUGGAACCUGGUGAGGAAGACAUGGUGGAACCUGGUGAGGAAGACAUGGUGGAACCUGGUGAGGAAGACAUGGUGGAACCUGGUGAGGAAGACAUGGUGGAACCUGGUGAGGAAGACAUGGUGGAACCUGGUGAGGAAGACAUGGUGGAACCUGGUGAGGAAGACAUGGCGGAACCUGGUGAGGAAGACAUGGCGGAACCUGGUGAGGAAGACAUGGCGGAACCUGGUGAGGAAGACAUGGCGGAACCUAUUGAGGAAGACAUGGCGGAACCUGGUGAGGAAGACAUGGCGGAACCUGGUGAGGAAGACAUGGCGGAACCUGGUGAGGAAGACAUGGUGGAACCUGGUGAGGAAGACAUGGUGGAACCUGGUGAGGAAGACAUGGUGGAACCUGGUGAGGAAGACAUGGCGGAACCUGGUGAGGAAGACAUGGCGGAACCUGGUGAGGAAGACAUGGCGGAACCUAUUGAGGAAGACAUGGCGGAACCUGGUGAGGAAGACAUGGCGGAACCUGGUGAGGAAGACAUGGCGGAACCUGGUGAGGAAGACAUGGCGGAACCUGGUGAGGAAGACAUGGCGGAACCUGGUGAGGAAGACAUGGCGGAACCUGGUGAGGAAGACAUGGCGGAACCUGGUGAGGAAGACAUGGCGGAACCUGGUGAGGAAGACAUGGCGGAACCUGGUGAGGAAGACAUGGCGGAACCUGGUGAGGAAGACAUGGCGGAACCUGGUGAGGAAGACAUGGCGGAACCUGGUGAGGAAGACAUGGUGGAACCUGGUGAGGAAGACAUGGUGCAACCUGGUGAGGAAGACAUGGUGGAACCUGGUGAGGAAGACAUGGUGGAACCUGGUGAGGAAGACAUGGUGGAACCUGGUGAGGAAGACAUGGUGGAACCUGGUGAGGAAGACAUGGUGGAACCUGGUGAGGAAGACAUGGUGGAACCUGGUGAGGAAGACAUGGUGGAACCUGGUGAGGUGGAUAAACUGACAAACUGCCCUGCCCAGUCCUUACGUCUGCUGCUGUUAGUCCAGUGAUGAUUAUGAGGGCAGCCAGGGACUUGUUGCCUCUCUGUUCCCUCCUCCUCUCUGUUCCCUCCUCCUCUCUGUCCCCUCCUCCUCUCUGUUCCUCCCUGCCUCUCUG